AUGCAGCAGCUGGUGCAGCAGCAUGCAGCUCGUCGUGUAGCAGCACUGAAGCAGCAGCUGCUGCAGCAGCAGCCGCAGCCAGUGCUGCGACAGCAGCAGAUAGAAGCAGCAGCAGAAGCAGAAGCAGCACGUCUUGCUGCACUCGAACCAGACAUUGAGCGGCGGCCCCUACCCAGCCUAACGGGCCUUGCGGGGCCCCCUCAGCAACUCAUAGAAAACAACGAAACUGCUGCUGCUGCUGCUGCUGCUGCUGCUGCUGCUGCACCAGCAAGUGCUGCUGCAGAUCCUGCAGCAGAGGGAGAAGCAACUGCAGCAGAUAGAUCGCACGAAGGGGAGGAGAUACAAACAGAGGAGACAGCAGAAAAAGAAAAAGAAAAAGAAAAAGACAAAGAGAAAGAUAAAGAUAAAGAAGAGACAGAAACAGAACAGGAAAGAGAAACGUAG